UUUGUGUUUCCUUUCUCCAGGGCCAAGUGCUUUCGGGGCAAAAAAGUCCUUGGAGAUUUUGAUAUCAAAGUGGAACAGGCAGAAUUCUCAGAGCUCAACCUGGUGGCCCAUGCAGAUGGGACCUAUGCUGUGGAUAUGCAGGUGCUGCGGAAUGGCACGAAGGUGGUCCGGUCCUUCCGGCCAGACUUUGUGCUUAUCCGGCAGCAUGCCUUUGGCAUGGCAGAGAAUGAAGACUUCCGCCAUCUGAUCAUCGGCAUGCAGUACGCAGGCCUCCCCAGCAUCAACUCGCUGGAAUCCAUUUACAACUUCUGCGACAAGCCAUGGGUGUUUGCCCAGAUGGUGGCUAUCUCCAAGACACUGGGAGGAGAGAAAUUCCCACUCAUUGAGCAAACAUACUACCCCAACCACAAAGAGAUGCUGACACUGCCCACAUUCCCAGUUGUGGUGAAGAUUGGCCAUGCUCACUCGGGCAUGGGCAAGGUCAAAGUGGAAAACCACUAUGAUUUCCAGGACAUCGCUAGUGUGGUGGCCCUCACCCAGACCUACGCCACAGCAGAGCCUUUCAUUGACGCCAAGUAUGACAUCCGGGUCCAGAAGAUAGGCAACAACUACAAGGCUUACAUGAGGACGUCCAUCUCAGGGAACUGGAAGACAAACACGGGCUCAGCGAUGCUGGAACAGAUUGCCAUGUCAGACAGGUACAAGCUGUGGGUGGACACCUGCUCUGAGAUGUUUGGUGGCCUGGACAUCUGUGCUGUCAAAGCAGUGCAUGGCAAAGAUGGGAAAGACUACGUUUUUGAGGUCAUGGACUGCAGUAUGCCUCUGAUUGGGGAGCACCAGGUGGAGGACAGACAACUCAUCACAGACCUGGUCAUCAGCAAGAUGAACCAGCUGCUGUCCAGGGCCCCUGCCCUGUCUCCUCAGAGACCCUUAACCACUCAGCAGCCACAGAGCGGAGCGCUUAAGGACCCGGACUCCGGCAAGACCCCGCCUCAGCGGCCACCCCCCCAAGGGGGCCCUGGGCAACCCCAAGGAAUGCAUCCCCCAGGCAAGGUGCUGCCUCCACGCCGGCUCCCCCGGGGACCAUCACUGCCAUCUUCCUCCUCCUCCUCCUCCUCAUCAUCAUCCUCUUCCUCUUCCUCCUCCUCCUUCUCGGCUCCACCUCGGCCGGGCGGCCCCACCACCCACGGAGAUGCACCCUCCAGCAGCCACUCCCUGGCAGAAGCACAGCCAGCCCCGGCCGCUCCAGCGCAGAAGCCCCAGCCUCACCCACAGCUCAACAAGUCGCAGUCCCUGACAAAUGCCUUCAGCUUCUCCGAGUCCUCCUUCUUCCGGUCUUCAACCAACGAGGAUGAAGCCAAAGCGGAGACCAUCCGGAGCUUGAGGAAGUCCUUCGCCAGCCUCUUUUCGGAUUAGCCCCGAGACACAUGGGUCCCCCGUUCAACACAGAGGCACGGGGGCCUUCGCCAGCAGCCAGCCCCUGGAUCGAUGUCCCUUGACCCUGAAGUGUGUGGCCCCUGCUCUGCUCUGUCGUGCUCAGUGAUGUCCUGCAGCUCAGAAAGGGCACGUGACCGUGGCUGGCUCAGGGCUGGGGCCUGGUGGCCAAGCGGCACCCGCAUCAGAGGAGAGAGCUGCAUUCCCUUAGUCCUGGAAGCUUCCUUCUGAGUGCCUCGUUAGCUGUGAGUUGAUUUAGUGGCCUUAUUGUGACGGCGCCGUCAUGUCUGACUCUUCCUUGUGAAGGCCGGAGCUCCGUCAUGAGGACUCCCGGUCGCUUAGCCUAGCUCAGAAGCAGUGCCAGCAUGCCCAUCCAGCCCCGCACCUGUCGUCCGCGCCACCCACAGUGCCCUCAUUACACCCGUGUAACUGUGAAAGCACACCCGCCCGACCCGCAGUCUUCCCACCGAGACUGCUGCCCCGGCGAAGCAACUCGAGUCUGCCGAUGGUCAAGAGGACCACGAUGCGCUGGCUGGAGGCCUUUCCCAGGAAGCUGUCCCUCCCCCACUCCCGGGGGUGGGGGGUGCGUGGGGCUGACUGUCCAGAAGUAUGCAUGACACUGUGAGCGCAGGCGGCCGGGUUCUGUGUGCAACUCCAAAUAAAUGAUACAUGUUCAGACCGUUGGUGUAAUAAACGCAGCAGCAUCGACUGGC